AUAUAUACUUUACUUUAUUGCUUCCUCUCGAAGAAGAAGAAGCCCAAAACAAAUUAAAACAGUUCGUCAGAAUUUUCCAUUUUUCCACCAUUGAUUAGGAGAGAAAAACAUUCGUAGAUUGUUUGAAAAGAAACGAAAUCUCUCCUCCCAGUAGAAGUUUCUUCCUUUUCAGAUCUGAAGCAAACCCUUCAAAAAAUCGAUUUCUCGAUUCAUCCGCCAUUUUUUUUCUUCUCAAACGAAAGGGGUUGAUUGCGAGAUCGGAGAAAGGUGAAAAUGGCGCAUAGGGUUGAUCAGGAAUACGAUUAUUUGUUUAAGAUCGUGUUGAUCGGCGAUUCCGGCGUUGGGAAAUCGAAUAUCUUGUCGAGAUUCACCAGGAAUGAGUUUUGUUUGGAAUCCAAAUCCACUAUCGGUGUCGAAUUCGCCACCAGAACUACUCAGGUGGAAGGAAAGACGAUCAAGGCUCAGAUCUGGGACACUGCAGGACAGGAGAGGUACAGGGCCAUCACCAGCGCUUAUUACAGAGGCGCAGUUGGUGCACUUCUUGUGUACGACAUCACCAAGAGACAGACUUUUGACAAUGUCUUGAGGUGGUUGCGCGAACUGAGAGACCAUGCGGAUUCCAACAUUGUGAUCAUGAUGGCUGGGAACAAAUCCGACCUGAACCACUUGAGAUCCGUUGCUGAGGAAGAUGGUCAGAGUUUGGCUGAGAAGGAAGGUCUCUCUUUCCUGGAGACAUCUGCGCUUGAAGCAACAAAUGUUGAGAAAGCAUUUCAGACCAUCUUAGGAGAGAUUUACCAUAUCAUAAGCAAAAAGGCACUGGCUGCACAAGAAGCAGCGGCCGCUAAUUCCGCAAUUCCGGGACAAGGAACUACGAUUAACGUUGAUGACACAUCUGGAGGCGCGAAACGAGCAUGUUGCUCUACUUAAACUAAAGGUAAUCUGUUUUUUUUUCCGCUUGUUCACUAUUCAAAGAUUCAAACUUUUGUUUUCACUGGCUUCUCUUCUUUUUCAAGUUUUGGCUGAUGAAACGUAUAACUAAGCAAAACUAUGUAGAAUACAACUGUCGAUUCACUCUGUUUUUAUUAUGCUCUUCGAUUCGGGUUUGUGUUCAGUUAAAGCUUGUGAGAUUCAUUAGUCAGUAAAGCUUGUUAUUAGUAUACUUAAAA